AUGUCAAUAGAUGCCAUAACAGAGGAAGUUAAGGAUAUUGAAGUAUAUUCAUCAGAUACUGACUCUUCGGACAGUGAUUUUGAAAUUUCUGGUGGUGAAAAAAAUGAUAGUGGUAAAUCGAAGACUAUAACAGAUAAAGGGGAAAUUAUUGCUAAAUACUCAGACAAAAUCAAAACUGAUGAUAUAAAGAAAGGGACAAAAGUAACGAAGGACAGAGCAAAUAGAGCUACAGUUGAACAGGUAUUGGACCCGAGAACCAUGAGAUUUCUUUCGAAGAUUAUCAAUAAGGGAAUUUUAUCAAGAAUAAAUGGAUGUAUAAGUACGGGUAAGGAGGCUAACGUUUAUCAUGGUGACCAUGAAGAUACAGAAGUGUCAGCUAGGGAAUACGCAGUAAAAAUUUAUAAGACUUCGAUUCUAGUCUUUAAAGACAGAGAAAGAUAUGUGGAUGGAGAGUUUAGAUUUAGAAAUACGAAAAGCCAAAGUAAUCCUAGAAAAAUGGUUAAAGUGUGGGCAGAAAAAGAGUUUCGUAAUUUGAAACGUUUGUAUUUGAAUGGUAUUCCAUGUCCCGAACCAAUAGAGUUAAGGUCUCAUGUUUUGGUGAUGGAAUACUUAACGAAAGGUAAUGGCCAGCCAUCUCCAAAAUUGAGAGAUCACCCAUUCAAAGACGUUGAAGAUAUUGUAUAUUAUUAUCAUCAGAUGUUGUAUUAUAUGAGGAGAAUGUAUCAGGAAUGCAGAUUAGUACAUGCAGAUUUAAGUGAAUAUAACUCAAUUGUACAUAAUGAGAAGUUAUAUAUCAUAGAUGUCUCGCAAUCUGUUGAACCAGAACACCCUAUGGCAUUAGAUUUCUUAAGAAUGGAUAUCAAGAAUGUUAAUGAUUUUUUUACUAGAAAGAAGAUUAAUGUUUAUCCUGAGAGAUUUCUUUUUAAGUACAUCACCGACGAUAAUCAAUCGUUAAACAUAGAAAAUAAUUCGGACGAGCAGUUAAGUAAAUACUUGGAAACAGUUCCAUUAAAGACUGAUGAUAAUGAAGAUAAUGUCGAAGAUGAAGUUUUCAGAUCUGUUUACUUGGUGAGGUCGUUAAAUAAUCUUGACGAAAGAGAUUUCCAGAAGUUUUCAGAAGGUAAAGUGAACACAUUAAAGGAUUUAGUAGAUACUAAAAAUGUGGGUUCUGAACGUAAUAAUAUUGACGAGGAUGACGAAGGAGAGCAUGAUGAGGAAGAAGAGGACGAUUCUGACGAAGAUUCAAGUGAAGAAUAUGAUUCUGAUGAUGAUGACGAAGAAGAAGACAACAACGAACUGCCUAAGAAGAAAGAAUGGGUAGAACGGGAGGAGGCCAUUCCAAAGGGUAAGAAGCACGAGGACAAGGAUGAGAAAAAAGCAAGAAAAGAAGCUGCAAAGACGUUGAAACAAGAGAAAAGAAAGACUAAAAUGAAGAAACAUGUCAAGAAGAAAAUCAUCAAUAAGAGAAAGGCAAAAUAA